CAAGUUAGGACAGGAUGAAACGUCUCUUGACAGGUUUCUAUUGUUUGGUGCUCAUAUAUUUGGAUUACUGGUGUGAGGGUUACGAGGUGGUGGACAACCAGAUGCCAGUUGCUGAUGGAGAGGAUGUAGAAUGGAUGUUGAUGCCAGAUGGUCAAGGCAACGUCCAGGUGGCCAUCUUGUCUGGGGUCGAACCUCGCAACUCGGCUGGGGUUGACAGUGUCAACUUCUAUCUGUACACGAGGGACAACCCGACAAGGGCUGAGAGAAGAUCCAUGAAUGACUCGUGCCUCCCCGUGUUCAAGUACUUCAAGCCACAACGGAAGUCCAAGCUCUUGGUCCACGGGUUUGGAGACAGUGGAGAGAACUCACUCAUGUUUCCCAUUUUGAGAGAUGCUUUCCUCGCUCGUGGGGACUACAAUGUGUUCUGGGUAGACUGGGGCCAGAUGGCCGCUACGCCGUGGUACCGUACAGCCGCACGCAACACAGCUGUGGUGGGGCGUCACACGGCGGCCAUGUUGGAUCACUUGUCACGCUCGACAGGUGCAGACAUGCAGGACUUCCAUCUUGUCGGGUUCAGUCUGGGCGCGCAUGUCGUGGGACUGACUGGUAAAAACGUCCGUAGCGGCAAGAUCAAGAAAAUCACAGCUCUAGACCCUGCACAGGUGUUGUUUAAGACUGCUGGCCCUGAUGACAUGCUGGCUUCAUCUGACGCUGAUGACGUGGAAGUUGUUCACACAUCGGGUGGAUAUCUCGCUUUCCAGAAAGCCCUCGGACAUCGAGACUUCUACCCUAACGGAGGAUCAUGGCCACAACCCGGCUGCACUCUGGAUUAUGCAGCUGUUUGUAGCCACCGAAGGGCUUACUACUAUUACGAGGAAGCUCUGAAGAAGGGAAACGGAUUCAAAGCCAUUCCUUGUGAUUCUUGGAGCGAUUUCUCAAGCGGAAAAUGCAAAGAGAAUUCAGACAACGCCAUUUUAAUGGCAAACGACAUCAAGAACGGAAAGGCUCGAGGAACAUACUUUUUGGAGACAAAUCCAGGUGAACCUUUUGGGCGAUCUUCAAAAACAAAAAGGAGACCAUCUACUGAUGACUUGUUGGUCACUUCAACCAUGCACCUUCUUAGGACUCUGUUCAUACUUUUCAGGCUUGUUGCCCAGCUUGGGACUACCCUAGCAGGAUGGACAGGAACCAUAAUGCAGCCUGUGACAAACUAUUUAUUCCGCCAGGAUGGUUGCCCCAGUGCCGACGGUACAUGCCCUAACUCAAACAUCUCCUUUUACCUUUAUACUAGAGAUACGCAAAACUCUCCCCAACGCUUGGACCCAUUAGACUCAGAUACUUUACGACAAGCCAAGUUUGUACAGGGAGUGCCUCUCAAAGUGAUCAUACAUGGAUAUACUGGCAACAAGGACUACUCGCCUAACAUGGAACUAAGGCCAGCGUACUUCAAGCAUGGAGAGUACAACAUUGUGACAGUAGACUGGAGUCCGCUGGCCGCCGAGCCGUGCUACUGGGAGGCGGCACACAAUGUGGACACUGUGGGCCACUGCGCUGCGGAAUUCUUGGACCUUCUGUACCAGACACGCAGCGAUAUCAGCGUCAACAACACACACAUCGUGGGGUUCAGUCUCGGAGCACACACUGCCGCCACAGUCGCCUCUAACCUCAAGUCUGGCAAAGUGCCGAGACUCACAGGAUUGGAUCCAGCUCUCCCAUUGUUCGAUGACUGGACCAACUCACUGGCAUCCCUGAUUGACCCUGGGGACGCAAUGUUUGUGGACGUGUACCACAGCAAUAUGGGACACAAGGGCAAGAAGGCGGUGGGUGGAACCAUCGAUGUCUACCUCAACAAUGGCGCCAACCAGCCUGGUUGUAACUGCAACCGCAGUUGUGACCAUGUACGAGCAGUUGAGUACUUUGCCGAGUCAAUCACUUCACCUGUGGGCUUGUGGGGCUUUGCCUGCUGGAGUUGGAACUUCUACACCAAUGGCUUCUGUAAAGUGUCCAACACAGAAGAACUAAUUCUGCUGGGGGAACCCAUCUCUCCUGAGGAACAUGGAGUUUACAUGGCAUUCACAAACUACUCGUCUCCAUUCCUUCUCCCUCCCUCAGUGUACGUCGAGGACGACAACAUCACAGAAAAGAUUGAUGUGAUAAGAAACUACUGA